UAGCAGCUGGUUAAUCAAAUCUACUUGCUUUCCAUAACGGGAUGAAUGAGCGAGCGUACUUCGUCUUUCGAGCUCCUGCUUCUUUUGAUGAAACCUACCCUUACCUAACACACUCCGUCUUUGAUGACCUCUUUCUCUUUCUUAGACUAGCUACCUAGGCUUUUACGGUGGAAGCCUAUUCCAAGAGGGUCUUGUCUUACUUGCUAACAAAUUCAGAAUGCCCAAAUAGUGCCUUAGCCCUUUAUGCGCUUAAAGCAAAUUCAGAAGGUUCAAAACGAGUCAAAUGAUUGAGUACGGCCUUGCCUUAGACGGGAGACAGGAAAGCUUACUUCACUUCCGUAAGCGUUGUAAGAGGGCAACAAGAGGGGCGUCGGGGGUCAAAGACAAGGCAACUGGGAUCAACUAUGGCGCAACAGCUACAUAUAGGGAAUCAAUAGAUUCAGAAGCGGUGUCUCGACCUGACCAGAAAGAUCUAAAUAAAUGAGUUCGGGAAAUCCAUGUAUAGUACUGUUGUCGAUCGGGAAAUCCAAAAGUGUUAUAGUACCCGUUGUCGAUCAGCCGGCUGUCUUACCUCAGGAGUCGACGUAGGAUUACCUAUCACUACAAGGAAUUGCACUAUUCACAGGCGAAUCAUAGCAACAAUUUCCUCAAAUCCAUUCUUAGAGUUUUCAAUCUAUACCUAUGUAUAGGUUCUUUCUCUUUCUUUCUAUCUGGAGGUUACGAAACCGGAAGUUUAGAAGCACAGAAUCAAGAAGGCAGUUAGCAAGCCAUAGGCGAGCGAGGAAGAUAACCCGGGUCAACAACCCUUAGAAUCUCCUCAUCACGUUGAGUCUUUCAGGUUACAAGCAAGACAAAGAUAAUCAAGAUCAUAAUCAAUCUAUCUUUAUAGAUACUUUCUUUCACUUCUUCGAUAAAAAGAAGCUGGUGUGGUAGUAUUAGGAUUGUAGCCAGCAAAGGGUCUGGCGAGGAAGUCAACAAUGGAGGACACAACUCCCUUAUCGAGAGAUACUGCGCUUAACGCUCUAACCGUUAUCUGGCCGUCAUCAGACGAGGACCAUCUAACCCCAAAUAAGCAUAAUGGUCUAUUCUAAGACAAUCUUGUCUAUUCAAAGCCCAUCUUAUUACCUCCUAACCGUUACGUGGGAAAAAGGUGCUUUUCUUUCCUUUAAGCUUAACGAGGACUCUCUUAUCUGUGACAUAGUGGAAGGCACGUGCAAGGAAACAAUGGACAUCCAAAAGCUCUGGCUGGCCUAUCCUCUUUUCUUUCUUUGAUCUCUCUUUUGAAAUAAGGCGCAAAGUACCAUUUCUUCCGUGCCAAGGAAUUUCAGAGGGAAUAUUGUAAGAGGAAGCUGAUGCCAAUGCGUCAGUGAGGAAAUGCAAACCAAUGAUCAAUUCAGAUCUAUUUCUUUUCCUACUUAAUUCGUGGGUCAAAUCCACUCUUAUCAAGAGUAAUAGAGAUUUCCUUCUUUGUUAGAGUCUAACAUUUCUAUAAAUUCCAUGAAAGAACCAUAUCCCUUCCUAUGAGUUUGGCCUGUCAGAUAGAAGGAAAAUUCCCAUUCUUUACAACUUUAGGGGGUGGGGGUUUGAAGGGUGGUUUACAUACAACCGGGGCAAAGUGGUUUAUGAUUGAAUCUCAAAGGCAUUCUUAUCAUUUGGUAGAUCCAAGUCCAUGGCCUAUUUCGGGUUCACUCGGAGCUUUGGCAACAACCGUAGGAGGUGUGAUGUACAUGCACUCAUUUCAAGGGGGAGCAACACUUCUCAGUUUGGGCCUAAUCUUUAUACUAUAUACAAUGUUAGUAUGGUGGCGCGAUGUUCUACGUGAAUCCACUUUAGAAGGACAUCAUACAAAAGCAGUACAAUUAGGACCUCGAUAUGGUUCUAUUCUGUUUAUAGUCUCGGAGGUUAUGUUCCUUUUUGCUUUUUUUUGGGCUUCUUCUCAUUCUUCUUUGGCACCCACGGUAGAGAUCGGAGGUAUUUGGCCCCCUAAAGGUAUUGGGGUUUUAGAUCCUUGGGAAAUACCUUUUCUUAAUACCCCUAUUCUCCCUUCAUCCGGAGCUGCCGUAACUUGGGCUCAUCAUGCUAUACUCGCUAAGAAGGAAAAACGAGCUGUGUUAGCUUUAGUAGCUACCGUUUCACUGGCUCUAGUAUCCACAGGCUUUCAAGGAAUGGAAUAUUACCAAGCACCCUCCAAUAUCUCUGAUAGUAUUUAUGGUUCUACCUUUUUCUUAGCAACUGGCUUUCAUGGUUUUCAUGUUAUUAUAGGUACUCUUUUCUUAAUCAUAUGUGGUAUUCGCCAAUAUCUUGGUCAUCUUACUAAGGAGCAUCACGUUGGCUUUGAAGCAGCAGCAUGGUACUGGCAUUUUGUAGACGUGGUUCGGUUAUUCCCAUUUGUCUCCAUCUAUUGGUGGGGAGGUAUAUGACAGAUAAGUAGAUUUCAGUAUUCUAGCUCGAAGACAAAGAGAACUGGGCUUUUCAAAAGAAUAACUCCUGCCACCAAUCCUUUAUUCCAAAUAAGUUGACCACUACCUUGAACUUCCUUACAGCAUAUCUCUGUAUU